AUGCACUCGACCUACACGAAAUACGGCAUCAUGACACCCAGAAAAAGGAAAGGGAAAAGAUUAAGAGCAGCAACCAUCAUCGAACAGCUAGCAGGAUGUGGAUGUGCCCUGGGAAUGUCCAAGGAAGUAAGAGCACGCAUUGCUUUUGAGCAUUCAAAAGAAAGAGUAUGUAGUUUUAGAAUUUCGUUGAGUCCAAGGCCAUUACAUCCGCAUCCACCGCAAAACUUCCUCUCCUACAGCAGACAGGGCUGUGACGCGUCCGUUCUGCUGAAUGAGACUAGCGUGGGUGGCAACGAGCGGGGCGCAUUCGGGAACGUGGGAUCGCUCCGUGGCUUCGCGGUCAUCGAACAAAUCAAGAAGGAUGUGGAAGCCGUGUGCAAAAAGCCCUACAGCAACAACGGGCCCGUCGUCUCCUGCGCCGACAUCCUCGCCGUCGCCGCCCGCGAUUCUGUCGUCGCGUUGGGAGGGCCUUCGUGGGAGGUUAAGCUGGGAAGGAGGGACUCCACAACGGCUAGCGUGGCACAGGCCAACCAGGACCUGCCUCCGCCCUUCUUGGACGUCGCCGGCCUCAACGCCAGCUUCGCCGGCAAGGGGUUCAGCUUGACCGAGAUGGUCGCCCUAUCCGGCGCCCACACCAUCGGGAUGGCGCAGUGCCAGAACUUCAGAGGCAGGCUCUACAACGAGCCCAACAUCAACACGACCUACGCGACGAAGCUCAAGCUCAACUGCCCCACGUCUGGCGGCAACACCAACCUGGCCCCGCUCGACGACGACACAGCGACCCCCCCGAACCCGGACUUGUUCAACAACGACUUCUUCAUCAACCUCCAGUCCGAGAAGGGCCUCCUUCACUCCGACCAGGUGCUCUACAACGCCACCGCACCCGCCGGUGCCACCGAAGGCAUCGUUAAUGGCUUCGCUUCUAGCCAGGCCGCCUUCUUUAGCGCCUUCGCCUCGGCCAUGGUGAAGAUGGCCAACCUCAGCCCGUUGACUGGCUCUCAGGGCCAGGUCAGGACCGUGUGCUCCAUCCCCAACUAAUUAAGAAUCACCAUUUAAUUUGCACCCAAAUGACAGCGCGCGUGCACCAACAAACCUGUUGCUUUGAGAGUCGAACCGCAUUUUUGCUGCACAAUGAACUUCAGCCUUUUGGUUUAUUUUAUUUAUCUUUUCAGCCCGUUGU